CUGGGAGCCUCCCACUGCGCGCCUUACUAGCAAGAGCUACAAUGGAGGGAGCCUCCCUUCUCUUCUGCCUAUCUUGCUAUUCGUCUCCGUGCUUCAGGCCUAAUUUUAAUCUAUCUUCCCACAUUUCUGGAAUAUGCCGGUUUCCGGCUAGCGCAGCCGUUCCGUACGUUAAAGAUUCCGUGCCACACCUCUGCGCUCAAGCCUCGCUUCGCGCUUCUACUUCUUUUCUCGAAAAUUCUGUGACUGGAGAGAGCGAUUCUAUUUCAACUUCUUCCAAAGAAAUAAUACCCAAGGUCGACAAGACCGGGAGGCUUUGUAGCCCCAGAGCUGCCAGAGAGCUCGCUUUGUCAAUUGUUUAUGCAGCUUGUUUAGAAGGCUCCGACCCAGUUCGGCUCUUCGAGAAGCGGUUGAAUGCCCGGAGAGAACCGGGAUAUGAAUUUGACAAGGCAUCAUUGAUGGCAUAUAAUCAUAUGAGCUUUGGGGGCCCGCCAGUUACUGUGGAAACAGCUGAAGAGGCAGAUGAGCUUUUACGUAAAGAUGAAAAGGAUUUUGCAAUUGAAGCAGCAAUCCUUGCGGCCCCACCAAAGAUGGUCUACAGCAAACUCAUUUUACGGUUUUCACGCAAACUUUUGGUUGCAGUUGUGGACAGAUGGGAUAAUCACGUGCUUAAAAUUGAAAAUGUCAUUCCUUCAACUUGGAAGAGCAAGCCAGCAGGACGGAUUCUGGAACUUUGUAUUCUUCACCUGGCUAUGUCUGAAAUAACGGUUGUUGGAACAAGACGUCAGAUUGUCAUUAACGAGGCCAUUGAUCUUGCAAAACGAUUCUGUGAUGGAGCAGCCCCUCGUAUUAUUAAUGGGUGCCUAAGGACCUUUGUGAAGGACAUUAAAGAAAUUGAUUCAACUUAUGCUCGAGAGAAGCAAGAAGUAGCCGGUGCACGACUCUGAACUUUUGGGGUGCCUUAGGAACUUUGGAAGGACAUAAAAAAACUUGAGUCAACUCAUGCCCAAGAGAAGCACGAAGUGCCUCUGAAGUCUGAGCUUUUGGGGGUACGGGGCGGAUAUUAAACAUGUUGCUGUUAACAGCAGUCAAAGUGAAGUGAGUUUAAUGAUCUCAUACUUGGUGCGAGGAUGCCGCAAACCACCAGUAAGGGUUUGCUUUUUCACCUGCAGGCGUGGGGAUGUGCUCAUUUCUGUUAUAUUCAUAGAGUUGAGUAAUAGUUUAUGAUGUGUGAUAGAACAAGUUGUCAGAUUGAUCUAGCAUUACAUGUUAUCAUAUACGUCCUAUAUGAACUUACGUUACUUUGAAAUUUGAAUUUAAAAUUGUCUUAAAGAUGGUGUUGGCCUGGUGGAUAAGAAAUUAGAGGGCACUUCCCUUCCAUGAAAAAUGUAAUUGGAGUAUGGAGUUUAAGAUGUGUAAAUUUAUCUAGGAAGGUUGUUCAUGCAAAAGACUUCCAUUUUAUUGUUGAUA